AUCAAUAUUUUAAAAACCAUAGUUUUUUUCGUUAUAAAUUAUCUACAAGCGUUACAGGCUUUAAUUUUCAUUUCUUUAGCAUAAAUAUGAAUAUUAAUGCAAGUUUGGAUGAUCCUCAAGACCCCCAAAGUAUAAAUUAUAUUUUAGUGAAAUUACUGAAAAAAUGUACUGUAUUUUUAUCGGCCAAUGAUGAAAUUGAACUAAAACAAAAAAUAAGUGAUUUGAACGGAUUGUAUGCAAUGUGGAUUAAUGAUACUAAUGAAGAUUAUUCGGACGACGUGUACGCGUCCGUGGCGGAGAUGUUCGCGUCCAACGUGUACCGGCCGUUGCCGCCAUCGGCGUACGCGGCGGCCGACGACGACGAGUGCGGCGUGGACGCCGCCGACGGCUACGGAUUCGGCGGCGGCGGCGGCGGCGGCGGGGGACAGGACGCGGCCGCGGCCGCGGCGAUCGAGUUCCAGCAGACGGCCAUGGCGUACCAGGCGUUCCGGGCGUUCGUCGACCGGUUGGCGUUCGACGGCCGGGCGGCCGGCCCGCACCUGGGACGGCGGUUCGCGGGCGGCCUGGCGCACCGGCUGAACGCGGCCGACCCGAACGAGCGGCUGACGGCCCGCGACACGAUGAUCCGCCUCCGGGAAACGUGCCCGUCGGCCGGGGCCGGCGUGAUGGACGCGGCCGUCGACGAGCUGGCCGACUUCGCGUACGGGUACGCGCCCCGGCACAACGGCGUCGACGAGCUGCUCGACUUUAUCACCGACACGGUCGUCUACGCGGAAGUCGAACGUUCGGCCGUCAAAAAGCUAUCUAGAGUGUUGUUACGUUUACUCAAACAUCCAAAUUUGUUUUCAUUCAAGCCUAAGGUAAUAGAAUGUAUAAGAGCUUUAGAUAGUAAACACGAAGAGUUGAUUCCUGCAGUGUUAGUAUUCAUCAUGGACAUCUGGAAAAAUCAUAAUGCAAAAACUAUUGUUUUGUUGCGCACAAUGGUCGAGUUAUACGACUGGUGCAACAAGGAACAUUGGAUUCAUUUGCAGUUGUCGGUUGUUGGUCACUUAUCCAAAUUUUUCAGUGACUACGAUUUCCAAUUGGGAGAAUCUAUGAAUUUUUGGAUUCGAAUUCUGCACGAAAACCUUAAAUAUUGGCAAGGCAGGACUGAUGAUAUCAGAGUCGUCGCGAACGCAUUGAAAAAAGUAAAACGAACUCAUUGGAACUCGGACUGUGUAAAAAUGGCAAAUAACUUGCUAAACAUAAUGGUAUUGAAAAAUGUGAUAAAAGACAAUUCUGAGGAAGAUCCGGAAGAGAUGUUCCAGGAAGGAAAGUCUAAAGUGAUAAAUUAUUGUGACUACAUAUCUCGGAAAAUACUGAAACCACUGAUAAAUCCUUCGAAAUCAACUGUUUAGCCAAACUUCAAGGUCGAUACAUGGAGAAGAAGCUUAAACAAAAGAUUGUGCAAUAAAGAAUGUAUAGAACGUGAUGAAAAAUAAAAUUUAAAUCUGAACUUUUAAAAAGUUCUUUUAAUUAAAACGAAAA